GACAUCAAUGCCGAGUUGAGAAAGUGGGUGGUUUUCCUGGAAGCCAGAGACCUCCUCCUCUGGGUCUCUGGCCCUCCUCCUCCUCCUCUUCUUCCUCCUCCUCCUCUCCCCCAGUGGGGUGGCGGGAGUGGGAGGGCGGAGGCCGGCAAGCCGAAGGUUUAUAAGCCGGGGCCCCGAAAGCUUCACCUCAGUUUCCCCCUCAGCACCGCAGAGAGACAGGAGUGUUCACAGCUCAGUGUCGGAGGCGUCCAGAUGACUGAGGAACUGCAGCUGCAGAGAUGCGACCUGGAGUUGGAGAACAAUGGACGGUGCCACCAUACGUCCGAGCUGUCGGCUGACCGGCUGGUGGUCCGCAGGGGUCAGUCCUUCUCCGUCACCCUGCAUUUCGAGGGCCGGAGCUACGAAGAGGGGGUGGACAACCUGACCUUCACCGUGGAGACGGGACCCGAGCCCAGCACGGAGACCGGUACCAAGGCCCGCUUCGCCCUCUCGGCCGAAGAGCCCGUGGGCUGCUGGUCGGCCUUCCUGAUGAACCAGGACGACGCCAGCCUCUCCGUGGCCCUCUGCUCUCCGCCGGACGCCCCCGUCGGGCAGUACCAGCUGACCCUGGAGACGGACAUCGGGACCCAAGGGAGCCGCUUCCCGGCCGGGAAGUUCAUCCUCCUCUUCAACACCUGGUGUUCCGAGGACUCGGUCUACCUCGACGACGAGAGGGAGCGGGAGGAAUACGUGCUCUCUCAGUAUGGCAUCAUCUACCAGGGCUCGCACAAGUUCAUCAACCCCACGCAUUGGAACUUCGGCCAGUUCGAAGACGGGAUCCUGGACAUCUGUCUGCACGUGCUGAACCUCACCCCCAGGCCGCGCCAGGACACGGAGGGCAACGGCUUCUGGAGGCAGAGCCCCAUCUACGUCAGCCGGGUGGUCAGCUCCAUGAUCAACAGCAACGACGAGGACCACGGCGUCCUCCUGGGCCGCUGGAAGGAACCCUACGAGGACGGGACCAAUCCCAACUUCUGGACCGGGAGCGUCGCCAUCCUGCGCAAGUGGAUGGAGUCGGGAAGCCAGCAGGUCCGAUACGGCCAGUGCUGGGUCUUCGCUGCGGUCGCCUGCACGGUGCUCCGGGCCUUGGGGAUUCCUACCCGUGUGGUCACCAAUUUCAAUUCGGCCCAUGACACCGACAGGAAUUUAGUCAUUGACAUUUACUACGACGCGUCUGGCCAACGGCUGGAAGGCCAGAGAGACUCCAUCUGGAACUACCACUGCUGGGUGGAGUCGUGGAUGACCCGGCCGGACCUCCAGCCCGAAUACAACGGUUGGCAAGCCAUCGACCCCACGCCUCAGGAAAAGAGCGAAGGGAUCUACUGGUGCGGACCGGCCUCGGUCAACGCCAUCAAGGAGGGCGACCUGUCGGGCGGGUUCGACGUGCCCUUCGUCUUCGCCGAGGUCAACGCGGACGUGGUGCACUGGUUCCAGGAGAGCGACGGCAACCGCCGGAAGUAUUCCUCCGACCCCCGCUUGGUGGGCAAGAACAUCAGCACCAAGGGCGUGGGCACGGACCACCGCCAAGACAUCACCCACUGCUACAAGUACCCGGAGGGGUCCAGCGAGGAGAGAGAGGCGUUCCGCAAAGCCGACCGGCAGCUGGAGGAGCCGGAGCCGGAGCGGGCGGGCUUGUCCGUGAGGAUCAAGGGGUCCGAGCACAUGGACAAGGGCAGCGACUUCGACGUGUCGGCGCUGGUGACCAACGGCACGGACGGGGACCUGAGCGCCCGGCUUCUCCUCUGCGCUCGCACCGUCUCCUACAACGGCAUCCUCGGACCCCCCUGCGGCUUCGUCGACCUGCGCGACUUCAGUCUCCCCGCCCGGAACGACCAGACGGUGCCCCUGCGCAUCCGGUACCACGACUACAGCCCCUACCUGACCGAAUCCAACCUGAUCAAAGUGAUGGCCCUCGUCACCGAGCCCCAGAGCGACAGCUACCUGAUGGCUGAGAGGGACAUCUACCUCAAGAACCCGGACAUCAGAAUCAGGAUUCUGGGGGAGCCCAAGCAGUACGAGAAGCUGGUGGCCGAGGUGUCUCUGAAAAACCCCCUGGAGACCCCCCUGCUGGACUGCUGCUUCACCCUGGAGGGAGCCGGACUUACCCUCGGUCAGCAGGUCAUCCACCUCCCGGACCCAGUGGCCGGCGGACAAGAAGCCAAGGGGCGCUUGGCCCUGUGCCCUCAGCAGUCAGGUCUGCGUAAGCUGGUGGUGGAUUUUGAGAGCAACGUGCUGAAGGCCGUGAAGGGCUUCCGGAACGUGAUCGUGGCUCCCGUGCCCAAGUGAGCCAGGCGGGGAGGGGAAAGGGCCGUGAGAGUGGGCCCGGGGUCCCCCGUCCUCCCUCACGCCCCCCACAAAAGCUCGGCCACCCGGAGACGACUCCGGGCCUCAGAAACGCACGAAGCCUCUUUCUCACCAAGCCUCUUUCUGGGCAUCUCCUGCCGCCCGCUCCCUCUGCUGCUACACUGAGCCACCCCAAGGGACGAAGACUGACCCUUCGCUCCAGUUCGAACCGACCCCCCCAAAUCCGGACCACCUCCUCAUCUCAACAUCUGACACCCACUGUCCACUCUUCCAUGGUGCACCCGGACUCCUCCGCACCGACUCCCUGAGGCCUUUCACCUCGGGCAAACCCUCCUCUGGCUUCCAUCUGGCCCGACGGUGCCCGACGGGACCCCCCCACUGGGUCACGGGGCCCCGUCUCUCCCCCGAGAUGUGCCCCCGGACCCAGGGCCCCUCCAGAGGUACCCCAUGUAGCCAUAACCCGGCCCUGAAAAUAAGCACCAGCCCACGGGCCAGAGGAGGCCAAACGAAGAUCAGUCUUCCUCCCACAGAAGACAGCAAGCAUUGCUUCCCUCCGACCGCCUCCUCUCCGCUCAGUCCCGUUUGGCCUCGGUCCCCUUGGUCCCGGGGGAGCUGUGGACCAGGGGUCAGGGUGGGCGAGGCUGGAGGUUGGGAGGACCUGCUUUAAUCCUCCCUACACCUGCUCUGCCCAGAGAAAUCACAUCCUCCGGUGUCCCGUCCCGCCCCCCCCCCGCCCCGUUUCCGUCUCCAACAGAGAACUGGAGGAUUUGCCAAAAGCUCUGUGGAGGCCCUGGGGUCGUGGAGAGGACAGAUUGACGGAGGGAGACAGAGAGAAAGACAGAUAGAGGAGGAAGACAGAGAGACAGAGACAGGAG